AGUAUUUGAUGGCUCCAGCCAAACUGUGGCAAAGGAAAGCAUCCCUUCAUUAACAGGAAUGUGCCACUGUUUAUGCACUGGAAAGGGGAGUGCCAUGAGAUCUACUGAAGAGACUAUUUCUGUGGUUGCAUAUCUACAUGUGUUUGCAGCCCUGCUGGGACUGAAUUAGGUGGUACAGGCAUCUUGGACCAUCACGUAUUGGAUAGCGACUUUUUUUUUUUCAUUCAAGGUGUACCUGGCACUAGAACUGAAAGACACCACAGAUCUUUUUCAGAGACGCAGAGUGAGACAAUCUCCAACUUUUCCCUUCCGUAACUGCCUGCUAUACCAUGGGAUGUCGGCAAAGCUCUGAGGAGAAAGAGGCAGCGCGGCGGUCCCGUAGGAUUGACCGCCACCUGCGCUCUGAAAGCCAGAGACAGCGAAGAGAGAUUAAGCUCCUUCUCCUGGGUACCAGCAAUUCUGGGAAGAGCACUAUUGUAAAGCAGAUGAAAAUCAUCCAUAGUGGUGGCUUUAACUUGGAGGCUUGCAAGGAAUACAAACCUCUGAUUAUCUAUAAUGCAAUUGACUCCCUCACACGUAUCAUUCGGGCUCUGGCCACCCUUAAGAUAGAAUUCCACAACCCUGACAGAGCAUAUGAUGCCGUGCAGCUUUUUGCCCUGACGGGCCCAGCCGAGAGCAAAGGCGAGAUUACCCCCGAGCUUCUGGGAGUCAUGAAACGGCUCUGGGCAGACCCUGGUGUGCAGGAGUGCUUUUGCCGCUCCAAUGAGUACCACCUAGAGGAUAAUGCUGCAUACUACUUAAAUGACCUGGAAAGGAUUGCAGCACUGGACUACAUCCCUACAGUGGAAGAUAUUCUGCGUUCUCGGGACAUGACCACGGGGAUUGUAGAAAAUAAGUUCACCUUCAAAGAGCUGACUUUCAAAAUGGUGGAUGUGGGUGGACAGAGAUCUGAACGCAAAAAAUGGAUCCACUGCUUCGAGGGGGUUACAGCAAUAAUUUUCUGUGUGGAGCUGAGUGGAUAUGACUUGAAGCUGUAUGAAGAUAACCAGACAAGUCGAAUGGCAGAAAGUUUGCGUCUCUUUGAUUCCAUCUGCAACAAUAAUUGGUUUAUCAACACUUCCCUCAUCCUUUUUUUGAAUAAGAAAGAUCUGCUGGCAGAAAAAAUCCGGCGCAUCCCCUUAACAGUCUGCUUUCCUGAAUACAAAGGCCAAAACACUUACGAGGAGGCAGCAGUCUACAUCCAGCGCCAGUUUGAGGACUUGAAUCGCAACAAGGAGACCAAGGAGAUCUAUUCACACUUCACCUGCGCCACUGAUACCAGUAACAUACAAUUUGUCUUUGAUGCAGUGACAGAUGUCAUCAUUCAGAACAAUCUCAAAUAUAUUGGCCUCUGCUAAGAAUCCUUGGGCUUACUCUGUUUUCCUGAAGUGAUAAAAAAGGGCCUAACCACUUCCAUUUCUAGUGGAAAAUAGUGGGGCAAUGCUUAGUAGCCCAAGGAGAGAAAAUGGGAAAUCUGAUGUAUGUACACAGUUCCCCUUAUGCCCCCUUAACCCUCUACAUCAUUUGUCACAAAUAUACGUUCCGGAGAGUGAAAACCUCCUCUUCAAAAAACACACACAGCCCCCCCAACCCUGAAAAAAAAGAAAAAAACCCACAACAACUCAAAACCCCCAAACAAAAAUAAAAAGAGAGAUAGAGGCCUAACUCUGUGGAGGUGUUUUCACCACAGUCACUGCACUUUUAUGCCAUUUGUUUCAUUUCAUUUCCUACAGUGGGAGUAUUACCAUGUUCUAUGUAAGAAACAACUCUUCAUCCAGUUGUCCUAAAAUUUUACUGACAUGAAGAUACAAAGCUGGUGAGUGACAGAUGAACUCAUGUGCAGGGUGUGGAGCAGAAUCGUUGUGCUGGGGAAAAAAGCUAGUUCAAACCACAAGCUACAGAACAGGAGAUUUUAAGCAAAACACUACUUAAGGUUGUAGAGAAUGGGCAUGCACCCACGAUAUCGGUACACACCGCCAAAUAGUAUAUACACACCCACCACGUACGCGCACGAGUCACAGCACAGACUAUGUACACACUUGUGCUUCACUUCAGUGUUUAUCAUGGACACCUUGCCUGUUAAAGGAAUUGUCGGUGCGCAACUGUUCUGUGAUUUCAAAACUGACUAGCAGCUCUUUCUGCUCUUUAAGGCUUCAAAUAUGCAGCAAAACUACAUUAAACGAGUCUAUGAAUAGGCCAAAUUAAGGUCAGUGUUUCUUCUACUGGUAAGGAGUUUUAUACAUCGAAACAGUCUUCUUUUACAUCUUUUUUUGCCAAAUCUUGUGGUGUUUCACAAAAAACAAACUAUAUUUAAGAAGUAGCUUAGUGUUCCUUUUUUAAUACAGAUAAAACAAAAUCACAAGGCAAUUUUUUAAAUUAUUGUUGUAGUGUCUGGAUUGCUGAAUGUGAAAGUUGCCAAGGGACAAUUCUGUUCCUCUGCUCCAAAUACGUUCUGGGAAUUGUAAUAUUGUAUCAGAUUUCCCAAGAAGCAGGAGCCAUGGCAAUUGUGUAGUAUAUAGCCUCCAAAGUCUUUUUUUUUGUUGUUUUUUUAAAUUAUUUUAAAAAUGUGAUGUAUUAUUAGAAGGUUAAAGAUGAGCGAUAUGAACAAUAUCUAAAUGUCUUGAUAUUUCAAUUUAAUAAUUUAAAUUAUUUACAGUUUAGUGAAGUUAAGGAAACUGAAGAGAUGCAUUCCUCAGCUCCAGGUUUCAUCUCGUAAAGAAACACUACUGGAUGGAGUAACAUUCCGGCAAAAGUUUGAAUGCAUAAGAAGCUCUUUGGGACUAUACUGGAAAAUCUCAAAUGGAUCAUAUAGACCUAACUCUUUGGUCAGUUGAUUCCUUUCCCUGCCAUAGAAAAGACUUCUUAAAGACUUCAGUGUAAAGUUGGUGUGUAAAUAUAUGUUUGAUAAUUGUAAAGCACAUGCAUACACAGAGACACAGACACACAUGCACACUGGAAAAUAACCUUCUACUUUUGUUCCCCCUAUGUACUACGAUUAGUGCAAGAAAUCUCAGCCAAGGGCUCUAAGAAAUUUAAAACAAAAUGGGUAAUAACAUCAACAUUUAAAUGGUCCACUUAAAAAAAUAAAUAAUUCAAAUGAUA